AUGGAGGAGACUGCAAGUGAUGGAAGUCAUUCAGAAGAACUCUCUUCCCAUUUUGAAAGUAGAUCAGAAAAAGAACAUUUACCACAGGAUGCCAGUGAAAGUCAUCUCAGCUGCCUAAAGCAGGACAUCCAAAAUGAGAAGACCGAAUUGGAAGCAUUGUUUAAGGAAGCCGAGUUAGCAACUUGUUCUGCAGAAUUACUUCUGCCAUUAUUGAAGGACACCAUUGAAGAGAUUAGUUUUGAAAAUAGAGGGGAGAGUUUAUCCAGCUUGUUAGAGAAACUAACUGAUAAUGAAAGUGAAAACAUUAAUCUUAAGAACAAGGUACUUGAAAAGGAGACCUACAUCCAAGAACUUUCUUCUUUGUUUCAGAAUGAAAAGGCAAAUGCUUUGAAAGCAAGCCGUUUUUCACAAUCAGUGAAAGUAGUACAUGAACGACUACAGUCCCAAAUUCAUAAAAAGGAAGCAGAGAAUGAUAAAUUAAAAGAACACAUAAAGAGCUUAGAAACCCAAAUAUCAGAAUGGAAUUUGCAGUUGAAAAAGAGUAAGUAUGUGGCUGUAGCAAUGAAAGAAUCAAGUAGGCAAAAAACUAUUGCUCUGAAAAAGGCAUCCAAAAUUUACAAACAAAGGAUUGAACAUUUUACUGGAGACAUGGAAAACCUUACUUCCCAAAUUAGAGAACAGGAAGCCAAGUUGUCUGAAACAGUUUCAGCUUCCAAUGCCUGGAAAAGUCAUUAUGAGAAAAUUGUAAUAGAGAAAACGGAGUUGGAAGUUCAGAUCGAAACAAUGAAAAAGCAAAUCAUUAAUCUUUUGGAAGAUCUGAAGAAAAUGGAAGAGCAUGGAAAAAUUUCAUGUGAAGAAAUUCUUAGAAAACUUCACUCAAUUGAAUAUGAAAAUGAAAAUCUGAAUCUUGAGAAUACAAAAUUAAAGACUACACUUGCUGCUUUGAAGGAUGAGGUUGCCUCUGUUGAAAAUGAACUCUUAGAAUUGCAAGAAGUAGAAAAACAACAGAAAACCCUUAUUGAAGUUUAUAAAACUCAGAUACAAAAGGUGCAAGAAGCAGCUGAAAUGGUAAAAAGCAGGUGCAAAAAUUUGCUUCAAGAAAAUAGCCUAAUAACAAAAAACAAAAAUAAAAAAUUAAAAAAGGUUGAUGAAAAUUAUAAUCUUCUGACAAAGCUUUCCCUGGAAGAAGAAAAUUGUCUUAUUCAGUUAAAGUGUGAAAACCUUAAACAAAAAUUAGAACAGAUGGAUGCGGAAAAUAAAGAGCUUGAAAAGAAGCUGGCAAACCAAGAAGAAUGUCUUAAGCACAGCAAUCUUAAGUUUAAAGAGAAAUCUGCAGAAUAUACAGCACUGGCCAGACAGCUGGAAGCUGCUUUAGAAGAAGGAAGACAAAAGGUUUCUGAAGAAAUAGAGAAAAUGUCAUCUAGAGAAAGGGCUUUACAAGUCAAAAUAGUAGAUCUGGAAAAUGAGCUUAGAAAGAAAAAUGAAGAACAAAAUCAACUUGUUUGCAAAAUGAACAGUAAAGCACAACAUCAGGAAGUAUGUUUGAAAGAAAUACAACAUAGUCUUGAAAAGUCAGAGAAUCAAAAUGAGAGUAUUAAGAAUUAUUUACAGUUUCUUAAAACCUCUUAUGUAACAAUGUUUGGAUAA